AUGGUGGAUGAUGAUGAUGAACUGGAGAUAGAUACUGACUGUGAAAAUGAAAAUGACAGCAGUGCAGUUCAGAUGUUGGAGGGCAGGAUAAAGACAUCUUUCUCCUCUGUGUUUCUUGAAUUUAAAGCAGGUGCCAGUUCCAGAGAGAACUACUUGUGUGCCCAAGGGUCUUGUGAGGAGGGCUGGGUGCAGUACCAAAGUGCCUACUACAGAGCAGUGAUGCAACCAAAGCGCUGGCCAGAAGCAGAGGCAUUUUGCCAGGCAUAUUUGCAGAAUGCCCACUUGGCCUCCAUCCACACGGCGGAAGAAAACAACUUUAUUUUCAUUCUGAGGGGGAAACUCCAGGACUAUCACUCUGGGAAAGCUUACUGGAUUGGAGCUCAUGAUUUAUUUAGAGUACUAAAAGCACUGCCUUACCCAGCCACCUAA